AAUUUUACUGGGAGGAAUUUGUUAUGCUGGGAGGAGUUUCAGUUAUGCUGGGAGGAGUUUCAGUUAUGCUGGGUGGAGUUUUAGUUGUACUGGGAGGAGUUUCAGUUAUGCUGGGUGGAGUUUUAGUUGUACUGAGAGGAGUUUCAGUUAUGCUGGGUGGAGUUUUAGUUGUACCGAGAGGAGUUUCAGUUAUGCUGGGUGGAGUUUUAGUUGUACCGAGAGGAGUUUCAGUUAUGCUGGGUGGAGUUUUAGUUGUACUGGGAGGAGUUUCAGUUAUGCUGGGUGGAGUUUUAAUUGUACUGGGAGGAGUUUCAGUUAUGCUGGGUGGAGUUUUAGUUGUACUGGGAGGUGUUUCAGUUAUGCUGGGUGGAGUUUUAAUUGUACUGGGAGGAGUUUCAGUUAUGCUGGGUGGAGUUUUAAUUGUACCGGGAGGAGUUUCAGUUAUGCUGGGUGGAGUUUUAGUUGUACCGAGAGGAGUUUCAGUUAUGCUGGGUGGAGUUUUAGUUGUACUGAGAGGAGUUUCAGUUAUGCUGGGUGGAGUUUUAAUUGUACUGGGAGGAGUUUCAGUUAUGCUGGGUGGAGAUUUAGUUGUACUGGGAGGUGUUUCAGUUAUGCUGGGUGGAGUUUUAAUUGUACUGGGAGGAGUUUCAGUUAUGCUGGGUGGAGUUUUAAUUGUACCGGGAGGAGUUUCAGUUAUGCUGGGUGGAGUUUUAGUUGUACUGAGAGGAGUUUCAGUUAUGCUGGGUGGAGUUUUAGUUGUACUGGGAGGAGUUUCAGUUAUGCUGGGUGGAGUUUUAAUUGUACCGGGAGGAGUUUCAGUUGUACCGAGAGGAGUUUCAGUUAUGCUGGGUGGAGUUUUAGUUGUACUGAGAGGAGUUUCAGUUAUGCUGGGUGGAGUUUUAAUUGUACUGGGAGGAGUUUCAGUUAUGCUGGGUGGAGUUUUAGUUGUACUGGGAGGAGUUUCAGUUAUGCUGGGUGGAGUUUUAGUUGUACUGAGAGGAGUUUCAGUUAUGCUGGGUGGAGUUUUAAUUGUACUGGGAGGAGUUUCAGUUAUGCUGGGUGGAGUUUUAGUUGUACUGGGAGGAGUUUCAGUUAUGCUGGGUGGAGUUUUAAUUGUACUGGGAGGGUUGUGUACUCAAGUGUCUUGGAGAGACAGAUGUGUUUACGUUUCUACAACAUGGCUCAAACGCUCAGUCCGGGUUUAAAGGAUGGGAUGUGCAUCUGUUGCGUCUCGGUUGCUUUUUUUAGUGCCUCAGUCUCCCGAUAUAAUCCUGAUGCUCAAGACACAUGAAGUGACCGGCUGUAAACGGGGUCAUAGUGUUCUACAGAGUGAGAGGUUUUCCAGUGUAGGGUACAGUGAUUAGGGGACUAUUUUGGACACGGCACUUGUUUUCCCUCCACAGAUCCAGGCCUUGGGAACCGAACGUGGUUCUUCAGCGACAUCGCUCAGCCAAGAACGCUUCUCAGAGUGUAAACUUUCUGGAUAGAGAAGAUGUGUUAAUGCGCAAAGGUGCCGAUGUUCUGUUCAAUCAGUGCUGGACUGAAUCUGUGGAAUUAAAUUAAAAAAAAAAAAAAAAAAAAAA